CUUCGGUGGUCGGGGAUUGGCCAGACCCCACGACGGGGGCGGAUCUAAUUGUGGAUUGGUCAGCCCCGGAAGGGGGCGGAGUCAGCGCUGAGUGAAGGGUCGUCCGGGAAACGGUCUUUUCAUCGCCAUGUUGAUCACGCUGUGUUACGUUUACCUCUGGCUGCGCUUCCAGAAGUGCUAUGCCAUGGUCAUCUGCCGGGUCGUGCGGCGUUUCCACCGCAGUGCCAGCCUGUCCUUCGUCGUCCUGCCGCCCGAUGGCGGCUCCAGGCCUCGCAGCGGCAGCCCCGGAGUCUCAGUGGAGAAGAUCUGUCUCCGGCUCGCCGACAGGGCUUUCCUCCUCGCCGAGCCCCAGCAGCUUUGUGAUGACUUGAGUAAAUGGUCUCCAGUCGAGCCCAAGAUAGCUAACUUUGAACAUGCUCAGUGUGGAAAGCAAGUAACUUUUCUGAUAGAAGCUGCACUGGAAAAUGUCAGUUUUGGUCCAAUCUCUGUUUGUUCUGAAAAGAUUUUAAAAUAUACUGAUGUGUGCACACCAUUGGCAUGCUUACUUGGAGAUCACUACAAGUUAAUUGCUGAAACAAACGUGGAUGAUUUUAGCAGGCUCGGAGUAGCAUUCAUGGAGAACAGACUGCAAAUGGAUGAAAGAAUGGUGCCUCAAAAGAUUGUUUCUUUACAGCUUAAUGAAUCAAUUCAUGUCAAGUUACGGAAAUCAAAUGCUGUGCUUGAGAAAGUGAGCAAGAGACUCGAUGAUCCCCAGACCCAAGAUAUUGCUGUUGAAACGUUUUCUAAAGACACUUCCAGCAGACCAACGAAUGAGCCAACUGUGGGUUCAUUUGGUGAUUGCUCUAGUGCAGUUUGCUCUGGGAAGCCCCAACAACAAGAUAUGGAUGAAAUGAUGGAGAUUCUUGGUAAAGAGCCCCUUGUAUCGCAAGAAGGAACGGAACUUGAAGAAUAUAGCCAUCAUCUUCACCUUUCCAGUUGCUCUGAGUGUUUGGAGUUAGAAAAUAGCACUAUUGAAUCUGUCAGAUUCACCUCAGCAGAAAAUCUACUGGACCUCUCUGAUGACUAUUGUGGAAGCUCUGAUGAAACAGUAAUUGAAGAGGACAAUUUACUGGAAAACAAAGGGCAAAGUAACAAAAGUGGGAAGCCUCCCAAUGUGUUAAUAUAUGUUGGAUCUCAAUGCAGUCAGAACUUGAUGAAGUUUCAGCAAGUAAAGUCUGUCCUGAUGGAUUGCCUUGACAAUGAUAGGUAUGCUAUCUAUCCUCUUCAAGAAGAACAAAUUCUGAAGGAGCCUUGGACUGAUAAUUCUUUGUUACUAGUUGUGGCCUGUGACAAGCCAGUGUCUGAACAAAUUAAUAGACAAUUCAUGAAUUACUUGUCCAAAGGUGGGAAGAUCUUAGGACUCUGCUCAUCCUUCUGUUUGGGUGAUAUCAAAAUAUCUCAUAAAAAUGAAUUGAAGGAAAAGAUUCAUAAGUUUUGCUUCACAAAAUCUGAUGGCAAUAGUGUAAUCCUGGGUGCUUUUAUCAGUGGUAAAGUCUUUUUAAGAGACACGAUCGGUAACACAGAGGAUGCCACGGAUGAUGUUGAGCUGUGGGGGAGUUUAGCUGAUCUUGAAAAUGAGAUGGUGAUCAUACGUUUAUCCUAUGGAGAAAAUGGAGGAGAAGCUGUUCUCUGCCAGGUUCACCUUGAAAUACCCCCCGAGUCAACUGAGAUCCAAAUGGAAGAGGAUUUCAGAACGCUUAAACAGAGCAAUGCACUACGAUAUGAAGUGCUGACAGAAAUCCUGAAGCGUUUACAACUUGGUUGUGGACUUUCUGAAGUGCCAUCUUUGACACCAGUGUAUCUGUUGACCAAGGCAGAGGAAAUGCAACACACUUUCCUUAGAUGGCUGUGGCCUAGACUGGAUAAAGAAGGUGUACUUAAAUCACCAAAGGUAUCUUUGAAAGCUGUGACCAAGUGGCAACCGGGGCUGGACGCCUCCCCCACCUGCUUGCCUCUCAUUACAGAACCUCAUACAUUUUCGUCAGAAUACUUUGAUCUCAAAAUUUACUGUGAAAAUCUUCAAACACAGCUGUUGGGUCAAUUGAUAUUCUUCAGUGAAGUGAUCCCAACUACGAUGGAUGUCUUUGACGGGUUGAUGCUUCAGUUGCCAGAGGAAAUAGGGUUAAUUGCCAUUGCAGUUCGACAAACACAAGGCAAAGGUCGUGGACAAAAUAUAUGGAUUAGUCCUAUUGGCAGUGCUAUGUUCACAAUGCAUGUUAGGAUUGACAUGCACUCUCAACUUGGACAGAACAUUUCAUUCCUACAGCAUCUUGUCGCUCUGGCUGCAGUGGAGUCUGUGCUUUCCGUUCCAGGCUAUGAGGACAUUGAUUUGAAGGUUAAGUGGCCAAAUGACAUCUACUACGGUAAUCUCAUGAAACUGGGUGGUGUCCUGGUCAAUUCUACCUUGAUGGGAACAACUUUUCACAUACUUAUUGGCUGUGGAUUCAACGUAACUAACAGUAACCCAACUAUUUGCAUCAAUGAUAUCAUUCAACAGCAUAACAAAACGCAUGGGACACAUUUACAGCCGUUUCGAGUAGACCAACUGUUGGCAAGGACAGUCACUAUCUUUGAAGAUCUGAUGAGCACUUUCCAAACCAAAGGGGCAAGUGGAGUUUUGCCACUUUAUUAUAAGAGAUGGGUGCACAGUGGCACACAAGUACGGUUAUGGAGCGAGGAUGGUCCUGCAGCUUGGGUUGUUGGACUGGAUAAUUCUGGCUUCCUUCAGGUUCUAAAGGAAGGUGAUAACGACAUUGUUACAGUACAGCCUGAUGGGAACUCGUUUGACAUGCUUCGCAAUCUUAUCGUCACUAAGCAGCAAUAAAGCUGACCAGGAUGUACCCGAAGACAGUGUCUGAUGUCUGAACAGGCAAAUAUUGUUCUGCGCCCAACCAACAAACUACAGCAGGAUACUGAUCACCCCUUGGACAUCUGGCCAGUUUAAUGAGAAUGAGGCCUGAGCAAGAAUUUCCCACCAACCUCUUCAGACACGCUGCCCACUUCACAUCUGUGGUCUGACACUUGACAGCUUCUCAUAAAAAUUUCCUCACUACAGGUAGAUGAAUACCAUGGUUAUAUAAAUAAUUCUGUGCCUUUGUACAACUGAUUACUGCCCACAUGUUCAGAUUUUGUUUUAUUAGGAAAACAGGCUAAGAAAUUGAUUUAAUUUGUUUUUAUUCUGAUUGUUCCUUAUUUACCAUUUAUAACUUACAACUGUACAAAAUGUAUUCAAAUAGGAACUUAUGUUUAUAAACUUCUUUAUUUGAGUUUUUAUUUAGAAUUUUCUUUCAACAAGCACUCCUGCAAGUUUGUAACAAAUAAUUAUUUUUGAAUUUUUUUAAUGCAAAAUAAUGUAGAAAACAAAAACUGAUAUUUGUUCUAUAGAAAAUAUUCCAAUUUGAAUUUCUCAUUACAGGGUUUGUAUGUUUACAACUUCUUAUGUUGUAAACAGAUCUUGAUUAAUACUUGGUUGUUAGAAAAAUUACUUCUGAAGAAGUUAACAAUGAUUUUUGAUGUUUACAGAAAAAUAAAUGGAUUUUCUACAAAUUACAUCUCAGAAUUUUCCUUCUCAUAACCUAUUGCAGUUGUUAUUUUUGAUAUGCUCUUUUAAUAACCCGUUCUUUUCUAAAAAUUGUCCCAAAGUUUUGAGUAAUGUUGUAUGACGGGAGUAGCAGAUUUCACAUUCAUCCUGUACAGCAAGCUGUGAUGAUCAGUGCAAAAAAGCAUUCUCAAAACCCGCACAUGUGAAAAAUGUGUGAGCCUUUUGAUGACUAAAGAUAUAAUCGUGAGGACAAGUUUACAUUUGUCUUUUUUUUUCUAUUUUUAUACCAUGUUCUUCUUGAUGGUUAUUUUAAGGUGGAAUUGGCCAAUAAAUAUUUUCAGCUGUUGAUUUCAGCAUUUAUU